AUGUAUAAUACAAUCAACAACUAUAAUAAUAAUAAUAAUAAUAAUAAUAAUAAUAUAGUCAUUGAUAAUAAUGAUAAAUUAUUUUUUUCAAUAUUUAGAAAUAUUUAUAUAAAUAAAAAAAUAUUUCAACAUAUUAGAAUAUUUAAAAUUGUUGAUAAGGAAACAACACAACCAAAUAAAAAAUAUUUUAAUAAUGGUUCAUUUACAAAUUAUAAUGUUAAAUUUAGAGAAUUUUCAAUAAAAUCUUUAUUAGAAUAUAAAAAUAGAAGUUAUAUUAAAAAUUUAACAAUAAAAUCAAAUUCAUAUAAACAACAAUUACAACAAAUUCAAACUCAAAUUCAACCACAACAACAAGCUCAACAAACCCAACAACAACAAACCCAACAACAAGCUCAACAACAAACCCAACAACAAAUUCAACAACAACAACAAUUAAUUUUAGAAGAUGAAGAUUAUUUAAAUUUACCAAUUGGUUUAAUUGGAGAAUUUGUUGAGAAUUUAGAGAUUGAAAAGGAGGGAUUGGUUUUAAUGCCUGGUGUUAUACCACCAUCUGUUCAAACAUUAAAAUUAAUUGGAAAUCAAUUUUUAGUACCAGGUUGUAUACCAUCAUCAGUGAAAACAUUGAUAAUUGUAGGAUCAAAACAAAUGAUUGUACCAGGUGUUAUACCAUCAUCAGUUAUCGAUUUAAAAUUAUUAAAUUCUGAACAACCAAUUUUACAUGGAUCAAUACCACAGUCAUUACAAUCAUUAGAAUUUGAAAAUAAUAAUGAAAUGUCCAGUUUACCAGGCAUACUUCCAACACCAUCACAAAUUAAGAAAAUCAAAUUUGGACCAUCCUUCAACUGCCAAUUGAAGCCAGGCUUCAUUCCAUCGCUAUUACAAGGUGGCCAAGUUGAGGAAAUUGAUUUUUCAUUCUGCCAAGGCGCCUACAAUAAGCCAUUGGUCGAUGGCGCAAUCCCCAACACCGUCAAGGUGAUCCAUAUGUCUAAAGAGUUUAAUCAGCCUUUGGAAAAGGGUUCUUUCCCAUCAAGUUUGGAGGAACUCUAUCUAUGUGGUCAAUUUAAUAAACAAUUAACACCCUAUUCAAUUCCAAAGAAUUUGAAGACUUUAGACCUCGGCUACAGUUUCGAUCAAUCCAUUGUACCUGGUUCACUACCAAAUUCAAUCAUUGAAUUGGGUAUGAGUGUUUGUUUCAAUCAGUCAUUGCAAUGCGGUAGUUUACCAUUAAAUCUUCAAACCUUAGAAUUUGGUUCAAAAUUCAAUAAAUCAAUACCAUCCGAUUGUUUACCUUCGACAUUACAAUCAUUAAAAUUUGGUGAUGAUUAUAAUCAAUCAAUUAUUCCAGGUUCUUUACCUUCUGCUUUACAAAGUUUAGAUUUAGGUUCAACUUUUAAUCAACCAAUUGAAUCAAAUACAAUUCCACAAAAAUUAAAUGAAUUAUAUUAUAGUAAUUCUUUUAAACAAUCAACUAAAAAUAUUCCAUCAUCAUGUACUUUAAUUGAAUAUUAUAUUAAUAAUAAUAAUAAUAAUAAUAAUAAUAAUAAUAAUAAUAAUAAUAAUAAUAAUAAUAAUAUUAAUAUUAAUAAUAAUAAUAACCAACAAGAAUAA